AUGCCCCCUGAGUUGCCUAAGGAGUUGCCUCCGCGUAGACCCUGUGACCAUCGGAUUGAACUGCAACCAGGUUCUCAGCCCCCUGCUCAACCUCCUUAUCGGAUGCCACCAGCUGAGCUGGCCGAAUUGAGGAAGCAGUUGGAUGAGCUACUUGAUCGUACUAUUGGUGGGGUGUUGGUCCAAGACAAACAUCCUAUUGCUUUUGAGAGUCGGAAAUUGAAGGAUGCUGAGACCCGAUACAGUACCCAUGAGAAGAAAAUGACGACAUUAAUUCAUUGCUUGGAAAUGUGGCGUCACUAUUUAUUGGAAACAAGGUUCACGGUUGUUACGGACAAUGUAGCCAAUACUUAUUUUCGUUCUCAGAAGAAGUUAUCCCCAAUACAGGCUGUGGCGUCUUAUGUGUUGGCCUUGUAUGCUGUUGAGUCCGACUUUGUUGAGAAAGUCCAUGGUGAAUCACUUAAAGAUCCUGUCUAUGUAAAACUAGCCGAGCAAAUGGCAGCCGGUGAAGUGCGCAAGUACUGGCUAGAGGACGGCUUACUCUAUGCCAAAGGUCGAAGAAUGUAUAUUUCAUCGGGAGGAAUGAAGCGCGAGCUGCUGAAAGAUUAUCACGACUCUCAGUGGGCUGGCCAUCCCGGUGUUGAGCGUAUGUACGCUUUGAUGAUGCGAAAGUUUUAUUGGCCGAAAAUGCUUGAUGACGUUGAGUCCUAUGUCCGGACGUGCCUUGUUUGCCAGCAAGACAAGACCGAAAAGAAGAAAGAGGCGGGCCUGUUGCAACCCUUGCCUAUUCCGGACAAGCCUUUUCAGUCACUAUCUUUGGAUUUCAUUGGCGGGUUUCCAAAGGUGAAAGCUAUAGCCUCGGUGUUGGUCAUUAUGGAUCGAUUUUCAAAGUAUGGGAUAUUUAUUGCUGCUCCAGGUGCAUGUUCGGCAGACCUUGCUGCUGAGUUAGUCUUCAAGCAUGUGGUGAAAUAUUUCGGUAUGCCCGAUGACAUAGUGAGCGAUCGUGACCCGCGCUUCACGGGACGAUUUUGGACGACCAUGUUCAAUUUAAUGGGAACCGAACUGAAGUUUUCCACGGCCUAUCAUCCUCAAACUGAUAGCCAAACUGAACGGAUGAAUCAGUUGCUUGAUGAAUAUCUCAGGCAUUAUGUUACCGCAAGCCAGGAUAAUUGGGUGGAAUUGUUGGAUAUGGCCCAGUUCUGUUAUAAUUUGCACAAGUCCUCGGCGACCGGUAUGAGCCCUUUUGAGCUGGCUUAUGGACAGCAACCCCAGCUACCGCAUGAUGUAGCGGUACAGCGGACUGGUAGGAAAUGUCCCGCGGCAUAUCGAUAUGCUCGGGCGCAGCACGAACUCUUGGUAGAGGCUCGAGAUAGCCUUGCUAAGGCGCAGCGAAGAAUGAAGAAAUAUGCGAACCGCGGGCGACGGGACGUACAAUUUGCUGACGGGGAUCUCGUGUUGUUAAAAGUGAGCCCAAAGGUAUGGAAAAGGAUCUCGGCAAAGGCAGUCCAUCGUGGACUGAUUCCAAAGUACGAGGGUCCCUUUGAAAUCGUGAUCAAAGUUGGAAAUGUGGCAUAUCGACUUAAGCUGCCUGACCGGUUGAAGCUUGGCGAGGAUGCUGGGUUGCAGGGCCGAGUCAAUGUAGACUGA